UUUUUGGUAGUUUUGUUUGUUUGUCAACAAGCAAAAAACAAUCAAAAAAAGAUGAGCAGCAAAACAUUAUUUCCCAUAAAUUUGGACAAACUCACAGCCAAAGAGCGUCACAACUAUAUACUCAAUCAGUAUGUGCUGCCCACGGCCGCCGAGGGGGAAUCUCGCAAACACAAACGUGACAUUGACGUGAUACGAGAGAAUCAUCGUUUCCUUUGGGAUGAGGAGGAUGCAGACCUCGCCGCAUUUAGCUGGGAGCAGCGCUUGGCUUUGCGCUAUUAUCGCAAACUCUUCAAGGAGUAUUGCAUCGCCGACCUCAGCCGCUACAAAGAGAACAAGAUCGCUUUGCGCUGGCGCACCAAACAGGAGGUUGUCGACGGUUUGGGUCAGUUCCAGUGCGGUAGUCGGCAUUGCGGCGAGCGUGACGGUCUGCGCAGCUGGGAGGUGAACUUCAAAUAUCUGGAGCACGGUACCCCACUAAACGCACUCGUUAAGGUGCGUCUUUGUCCCGUGCACACGGAUCAACUAAACUAUCAUACAAAGAAAAAGGAGCACAAGCGUCAGCGGCGCAGAGAGAAGGAUGAACGUAAGGCUAAAAAGAAACACAAAAGACGCAAACUGGACGCAACAAAUCAAGAAACUGAUGAAGUGAAUGAGCCGGAGAUGGCGCAGCAAGAAGAUGCAGAUCCAGUGGCCAGUGAUGAUGCCACAGGCGACAAAGCAAGCGAUCCCACGGACGACCAAAUCUGGAGCAAGCAGCUGGAUAUUAGCAAAGAUCAACCGUCACGCGAACAGGAAUUCGAACGUUAUUUGGAGGAUCUGUUGCUGUAAAAACCAUGUAACCUAGAAUAUACACUCAGCAAAAUUAGAGACAGAUUUGAUUGGCAGAAAAUAGCUGUUACCGAUAGAUAUAUUAGAAUGUCGUGCACGCUGCAACAGCGCUUCUUAAUUCUUCUUUUCAAUUCACAUCCAUAUCCUGAGAUAAUCUUGUGACAAAAUCCAGCAGAUUUAAUUGCAACAACUGGUGGCAAAUAUCUUACAUUUUGAUUUUUGCCAGGCUAAGAAUAGCUGUUGUUGCCUAUUACAAAUCGAUGUAGUCUUUUUUUGGUUUGGACAGAACUUUUGUAAAUACAAACAAGAGCACUUUUAUUUAUGUAGAGCGAGAGCUCCUUCUAUGGCUAUAGCUAACGGCCGCAUUGAUUGGUGGGCCAACCGCUUGACUUUGUAGACUGUAUAUAAAUAUACAUAUACAU